AUGAGUUUUCAGAAAAGUAUAGUUUUCUUGACGAAUACGUAUCUAAAAACUUAAAAAUUGCCCUUGUAUAUGUAUUAAUUUCAUAACUGGUAAUUAACCCACUGUAUUUGUUUGUAAAAAUAUUUUAUCAACGUAAAAUAUUGCGUUUUCAAAAUGUCAUUAUGCGAUGUGAUGUCACACCGGUGAUAUUUGCAUAUGAAACAAAGUUGAAUAUCUUGCAAAGGAAGCAAGUUACCAAAAUUCUAUAAAAGAAAUUAUUAAGUCAUUUUAAGUGAUCUUUACAAUGCAAUCAUAAACAUUUGGGGUGAAAUUUCGUGUCAUAGGCACUUUAAUAUACGUUUAUGAGCUAAUGGUGGGCAAAACAUGCUCUAGGGGGGCGCAAUUCAAUUUCAUUUAUUAAUUUUAACCAAACAAAAAAUACAAUUAAAAAAAAACAAUUAAGAGAGAGGAAAAAGUAUUAGGAAGUAGGACCUGUGUUAGGAAGUUUGGUAAGGAAACCCAACAGAAGCUACAAAAGCUUACAAAGUGUUGGGCACCUUAAAAUUAGGAAUAUUUAUCAAUUAAAUGUCUAACAUGUAGUAAUACAAAUAGUCAAAAUAUUUAACAAUUAUUCGCCGAACGCGAAGUGAUUACCGGUAGUCUAGGACCUGUAUAUGAGUUUGUAUGCAUUUCAUUUAGCACAGGUAAUCUCAACUGUUUUAGGGUAAAAUGACCAUGGCGGUCAACAUGGCAUAUGUGCCAAAACCUGAAUCCGGGACGAAAGUCCUGAAAAUGUCCCCGCCCUGAAACGGCAGUGCCGACAUAGCUCUAACUUCCGAAAAGCAAAAGCCUUUCUGAAGUGCUUAUAGUGUUUAGAAGGGUUGCUUUUAGGGGUGAUCAUUGGAAGGAAAAAUUUGUCUAAGUAUAAUAUUUUACAAGAAAAUGACCAUGCAUCACCCCAGGUAAAUUGCUGAUUAUGCAUAAAAUAACUAAUAUGCCUGGCAGAAAUUAAAUAUCCUUAUUUCCUAAAAAAAAAUCUCAUGGGAUAAAAAACUAUGCUUAAUUUAAUAUAACUAUUGUAAUUUUCAUAAGGAUUGUCGUUGUUUUCUUUAAAUAUAAUACAUUUUAUUUCACUUACCCCCCCACGACAGGCUAAUAGUCAAUCUUUUAUAGUUUCAAGUAUUUAUAGACCACCAUGUUCCGCUAGUGAAGUGUUUAUAAAAAUUGAGAGGCUAAUCAAAUCAAUUGAUGAUGAAAAUAUAGAAUUUUAUAUUUUGGGAGAUUUGAAUUGUAAUAUGCUAGAACCAACUUUGUCCACCACUAGAAAGCUUCAACCUACGCGUAUUACCCAGUCUAGCCAAUCAUUAUUGGAUGUAGUAAUUGCGUCAAUGCCUGAAAAAAUAAUUUUUUCAGGUGUAGUCCAUCUCGGAAUUAGUGAUCACAGCCUCAUUUAUAGUAUUCGGAAAAUAAAUACAAGAAUAAAAACUGAUUUACAAGGUUCUGUCGAGUAUAGAAAUUUUAAGAAUUUCAAUGUUUCAGGCUUUCUAUAUGACUUAUAAAAUAUACCCUGGGAAGAAAUAAGAUUUAAAAGAAAUGUAGAUGAAAUGUGGCGGUUAUGGAAAACAUUUUUUGUAGAUGUGCUGGAUAAACAUGCCCCUGUGAGAGUGAAAAGAUUAAGAAAAGGGGGCAAUAUUCCUUGGGUAAGCCGGGAAGUAAAGGAAAAAUUAUUUAAAAGAGAUGCUCUUAAGCGUAAAGCAAUAAAGACAAAUAAAGAAGAAGACUGGAGACUAUAUAAGUCAUCUAGAAAUGUUGCCAACACUGCUUUGCGCAGUGCUAAAAGAGAUUAUUAUGCAAACAAAUUCACAAAUAAUAAACAGAAUCCUAAAUAUGCUUGGAGAACAAUAAACGAUAUAUUAGGUCGAAACAGAAAACAGACUACGAUUAAUGAAAUUAAACUUCCAGGUAAAACUGUUACAUCGACCGACGAAUUAGUCGACAUUUUUAAUGAUCAUUUUAGUAAUAUUGGCCCAAAGCUUGCUGAGUCUAUUCCAAAUGACAAUGACGUUAGUUUUCGAGAUUUUAUUACUCAACAAAAAUCUAAGACAAAGAACAGUUUCUCAUUUCGACCAGUGAGUGUAACAUUGGUUUACACUCUUCUAGUUAAUUUGUCUACCACCAAAGCGACUGGAAUGGAUAAAAUUUCAGCUAAAAUUCUACAAGUAGCAGCUCCAGUUAUUGCACCUUCUCUUACUGAGAUUUUUAAUAUGUCAAUUGACUCGGAUCAAUUUCCUUCUGAUUGGAAAGCUGCAAGGGUUAUUCCAUUGUUUAAGAAAGGUCAGCGGUCCAUGUUGGACAACUAUAGACCGAUAUCAAUCCUUCCUGUAGUAAGUAAACUUAUGGAAAGAAUUAUGUAUGAUCAAAUGUAUGAGUAUCUUAACCAGAAUAAUCUUUUCUCAAAACACCAAUUUGGUUUCAGACCUUAUCAUUCCACAACUACUACAUUAUUGGAUUGUACGAACGAAUGGUAUACCAACAUGGACCGUGGGCUGUAUAACUUAGUUGUUUUUCUUGACCUAAAAAAAGCAUUCGAUACAGUCGACCACGAAAUACUGUUAAGUAAGUUUGAAAUGUAUGGUUUCCAAACGAAAGCAUUAAAUCUUUUACGUUGCUAUUUGACGCACCGAACUCAAAGUUGUCAAUUGGCCAGUAUACUCUCUGUGGAGAAAGAAAUCAUUUGUGGCAUUCCUCAGGGAAGUAUACUCGGCCCUCUCUUAUUUAUUAUGUAUAUAAAUGAUUUGCCAAGCUGCCUAGAACGCACAACUCCAAGAAUGUUUGCUGAUGAUACUAACUUAACGGCAGUUGGCAGAACAAUUAGUGAGGCGGAAGAGAGGGCGAGCGUAGACAUGAGGAAUGUUCAGAAAUGGCUUUGUGCAAAUAAACUAAGUCUAAGUAUAGCGAAAACCGAGUAUGUUUUAAUUGGAACACGACAUAAAAUAAGUAAUAUUGAUACCCAUCAAGGAGUUAAAAUAAAUAAUCAAUUGAUUAAAAAAGUUAAAAAUACCAAAGCUCUUGGAGUUGAAUUAGACGAAAACUUGAGUUGGGAAAAACACAUUAACCAUAUUAGCAGUAAAAUAUCAUCAGGUAUUGGGGCUAUUAGAAAAAUGAGGGAGUAUGUCGAACAAGACAUUUUGAUAAAAGUUUAUAAUGCCUUAAUCCAACCUUAUUUUGAUUAUUGCUGUGAAGUAUGGGAUACACUUAAUAAAGGCCUAAGCGAACGUCUACAGAAAUUCCAAAACAGAGCGGCUAGGUUGAUCAUGAACUUAAAAAAUUAACAUGGUCAGUCUAUUUUGGCACGAAAAUCUCUAGGCUGGGUAACACUUGAAGAGCGUAGGGCACAAAUGAAAGCCAGGCUCAUGUACAAGACAGUUAAUGGUUUAGCCCCCCAACGACUAUGUGAAGCUUUCCAAAAUCUGAAUACCAUUCAUGACCAUAAUCUGAGAGGUUCUUCAACAAGGUUUUCUAUUCCAAGACCAAAAACGGAAUCCUUAAAAAAAGCUUCCAAUAUAGUGGGGCUAAACUAUGGAAUCAGAUACCUGAAGAGAUACGCAAUUCGGUAUCGUAUAAUUUGUUCUGUAAAAAGCUAUCUUCCUCGACCUUAAUCUCGACUUAAAGUAGUAGUUAAUUUUUUGUCUAAAUAGGUAUAUAAUUGUAUUUGUUAUGUAUGUAAUAUUAGAGCUAGUAUAUAAAUAAUAAUUUGUAAGUACACAUCCCUUUUGGAAAUCAGCUUUUGCUGAAAAGGCCAAUGUGUUUAAAUAAAGUUGAUCUAUCUAUCUAUCUAUCUAUUAUGCCGACUUGUUUGCUUUUUAUCGCCGAGUCUCGCAAAUAUCAUCCAGUUGUUGUACUUUUACAUAAUCAUGAAUGGCUAAAGAAGAUUUCAAGCAAGUUUUGUGAAGUUUUGAAGCAGUGCAGUGUAUUUUAUCUUCGACAUUGUGUCCUUCGGUAAUUCGUCAAAUUGCCGCCAUGUUAAUGGCUCGCCGCUUCUCUGCCCGAUAAAUGCCACUUCUUCGUCUUCGUAUGUAUUUAGAUUACAGUAUCCAAGAGUACUUCAUUGUAGAAUAGUCCCAAUCGAAAAUUUGAUAAGAUUAUUUGUAUUUGAAACGGUAUAACCUCCCAAAUGAAAUUUACGAUUAUAAUUUUAAAAAGUCAUUUGAAAGUCACGCGCAAUCUUCGCGUAAACUUCUCGUGGCUACUUAACAGGGGGGGGGGGGCGAAUAUUUUCACGAAACGUUUGUUCGACACCACAGCGAACCCAAGUAAAUAUAUUAUAUUUAUUGUAUUUUUAUGAUUUAUGAUAAAAACAAGAAAUAUUUGCGUAUUUUUGCCCUAUUUUUCUGGAAUCCUUUAAGCGUUAACUACAAUAAAAUCCGAGGGACUUUUGCACCGUCAUUUCAAGGGUAUUUUAUACAGAAUAUGUACGUUUCAGCCCUAACACAUCAAUUUCUUUACUCUGCAGUGGGCUCUGACGUUAAAAAUCUGAUUGGUACUAUCUGAUAAUAUACUAAAUGGCAAGUCAAAAUAUACUUUUGACAGAUGUCAAAAUAUACUUUUGACAGAUGUAAAAAUAUUGUUUCACUUCUAUUCGAAAUUCGACUGUCGAAGUAACCGAUCGAUUUGGAAAGGCAAAAAGUAGUAGAAAGUACGCGCUGCUUUUGUAUUUUGGCAAUAUUCUGUUAUUCAACUUAUUGUGAGAGAGGUCUUUAAAUAUGAAGACUUUGGGGAAACUGAAAAUCAGUAAAAUGGUAAGAAACAAUAAAAAGCACGUGUAUUACAGCGCGACAAUGUGCUGUACGUUUAUUAAACAAUUUUAAUAAUAUAUUUAUUUAGUAAGAUAGCAUUGUUACUCCAUUAGAUUUGUAAUUACGCUUUUUUUAUAAAAAUUACUUUGUUUUUUGAAGUGGUACUGUUUGACGGAAGUACAAGUUUUUCUUAUCUGUCUUUUCUUAUCUUUAAAUUAUAAAUAUUUGUACAAUUACGUGUCAAAUAUGAUCUCGCAGUGGAGUCAAAAACUAAUGUGAAUAUAGCCUAUAGGAAUGAGCGUGUAGGACUUAUCUCAGUAUUUAAACACGUUCUAUCAAACUGAAUGGAUGAUUCCAGCUAUAAACUAAAAUUUGAUCUAGGCAAGGAGAACAAAAUCCUUCACCACAGCUAGAAAGAGCACGUUAAAAUUAGUAAAAUUUUAAUGUUCGGUUGCGAAAUGUUGUAAAAUGAGGAAAAUAUAUCCCUACGGCUACGAAAUUUGCAAAUUUUAUAUUAAUUUGUAUUAGUAUUACGCACGAUCGCGAGAUUUGCGUAAUACAAAUUAAUAUACGUAUACAAACUUUGCAAAUUUCGCAGGGCUAUAUUUUCCGCAUUUAACAACAUUGCGCGGUCAAACUUUGCACUUUUGACCAAUUAUAACAUGCUCUUUCUAGUUGUAGUGAUGGAUUUUGUUCCGCUUAUUGCCUAGAUCAAAAUUUCCUAGCCUGAGUCUAUAGAAUAUAGCUGGAAUUGCAUAUUGUCCUUGGAACAGUUUCCUUGAAUCAAACUUGGCCUGCAAGGACAAUGUGUGUCCUUUAAAAACUAUUUAUUCAAUAAUAACGGUUUAUUGACCGAGUGUGCUGUCUGUACUGUGAAAUAUCAGACCGAGGUUUUUUAGUAUGGACCGAGCGACGAAGGAGCGAGGUCCAUGCAAAAAGCAGAGGUCUGAUGUUUCACAGUACAGACCGAACAAGCGAGGUCAAUAAUCGGUUUAUUAUAUGGCUGAACUGAGUCUGUGUGAGCAUAUGCUUUUCGCGCGAAUUAAAUCUGCUAUCGUCAGUUUCACUCAGUAACAAUAUACGGUAGGCAUGCAGCUCAAUCAAAAAGAAUUUGGUUGUUUGAAAUUUUUAGCUGUAAAUAUUAAUGACACACAAUUGGAAAAUUAAAAAGCAAAAAUUUUUUCUGUUUGCAAAAGCAAAAAUUUCCCGCCAGAUAAACGACAUCCGGGACACCGGUCCAGAUACGGAAAAUACGGACCACGGUCCGGAUAUUGGUUUUUACGGACCGCUUGUCAACCAAUCAGAAUAGAGAAUUUUCGGAAAAGCCAUAUAAUAAUAGUCUUUUUAUAAUAAUGUGCAUAAAGCGUGCUUUAAAUAUUAAUUUGAAUCGUUAUAUACGUUUAUAGUUUGGCCUCAAAAUCGUUGUCAAUUUCCCGGAAAUACGCAACAUUAGGGAUGGCCCCUUAGAAAAGUGAUGGGGGGGGGGGAUUUUCUAAGAGGCAAUAUUUUUUUUGUACACCUAUAGAAGAAUUUUUUUCUCACUUGAUAGCUAGAAUUAUUUUUUAAGUAAAAUUUAUAGGCCUAUCUUCCAAGCUAGGAAUUUUUUUGCACUAUGCCUGGGAAGAUUUUUUCCCCUAAUUUUUUUCUGGAAAUAAUUUUUUUUGGUUUUGCCCCCCCCCCCCCCUCUCUCCCAUCACUUUUCUAAUGGUCCGCCCCUUAGCUGUAUAGGUGUCCCAUACAUAGGCGUAAGAGACAGGGGGCAGGGUGGGGCAAUUGUCUCCCCCCCCCCCCACCAAGUUAGGAAACACACGGAAAUUCGGGCAAAUGGUAGCAAAAAUCAAGAAAAUUCGGGCAGAUUUAUCAAAAAGUAUGUUAAAUUCAGGCAAUUUCAUUACAAUCCUCUAUAAAAAUUCGGGCAAACUUUCAACUGCCCCCUGGAAAGCAUCAGCCCCGUUCGCCUAUGAUUCCAUACAUUGAGAAAUAAUUUAAUUUCAGGAUGAGAUACCUCUCUCUAUUUGCCCCACGGGCACACGUAAAAAAUCAUCAGUCAACCUGGAUGAAUGCAUAUUAUGCCAGACAAAGAUUUCGUCUGAAUACUUAUCGGGUGGAGAAACUGGCAGAGCGCGUAUUGUUGCCCUUGCGAAAGAGGAUAAAGGUGGCGAUAAUCGAGCAAAUAGAGUUCUAGAACUAACAGUGCAAGAACAGGAGCUCAUCAAAUACCAUUCAUCGUCAUGCUACAGGCGUUUUCAGAGAGAUAUGGAGAAGAAAAGAAAAAAAUCCGACCCCGUAACCCAGUCGGAGACACGUGAACCGACAUCUAUGGACAGCAGCACGAGCGACGAGCGACGCAGCAAAAGGUUUAAGUCGAGUUCCGUUAUUAAUAUCUGUGUAAUAUGUGGUUCAGAUUGUAAAACCGUGAAGCAAAAGAAAAUACACAAAUUAUUGAGAGUUUGUGAAAAGCCGAGGGCUCAAAAAUUACUCAACGCUGCCAAGUUUUUUAAAGAUCGUGUUUAUACAGCCACAGCGGCAAUGCAUGAACCCGAAGAUGUUAAUUUUGCGGCUGAUAUCUACUAUCACGGCUGCUGUUGUAAAGAUUAUUUCAACAAAUAUAACGCUGAUAUAGAAGAAAUAUUAAAAAGCCUUGAAGAAGAGGAUUCCAUGAUCGCUGGAGACGAAUCAUUCAAGGAGCAGUUUUUAGCGCUUGGACUUGAUUUUACCACCACUGCAUGCAGUCUAACUUCUAUCAGAGAGCGACUAAAUGAACAUUUACCAGUACCAGUUUCAAACAGAGCUGUAAAACAUUUAAUUAUUGAAUUGUAUGGAGAUACUGUCUGUUUUACAUACCCUAGUAAUAAGAGAAUCUCUCAAAUGUUUUUUUCUGUGAAGAGUAAUCCUGCGUCUUUGUUGGAGUCUAUGCGGCGAGUUUCACCUGUCCAACAAGUUGCGACCGAACUUGCACAGGAGCUAAAGGAUUACAAGUUUGGCCUGGAACGGAGCUUUUGUGAACCCAGAGACCUUAAAUUAUCAACAGACGUACUUCUGAAGAACCCACCGGCAAAAUGGGAAGAAUUCUGUUCCUUUUUAUUCAAGUCGAAUCUGAUCUGUCAGGUAAAACGAGAUGUUGUUUUCCAAAUCCUGCACUAUAUAAUGAGUGGUGGAAAAGAACCGACCCCUUUUCAUGUCAUGGUUGCGGAAGGAGUUCACAGUCUGACAAGAUCUAAAGAGCUCUUAACUGCCCUCAAUCGCCAUGGUAUUUGUGUUAGCUACAACACAGUUAAGAGAAUUGAUGUGGACAUCGCGGAGCAGAUAAUAUUCACGGCAGGUGACAAUAGAAUACCACUUCCUCCUGUCCUAGAAUCAUCAAGCCCACUCAACGCAGCCAUGGACAACUUUGACCGUAACGAAAGUACACUUGCUGGCACAGGUUCUACACACGACACCAUUCUGGUUCUUUUUCAAAAUGUCCCAAUCAACAAAGAAAAUCCAUCUGACGAAAGUGACAUUUCGACAAGACCUUUCUCCGCUCAGAGUAGAACUACAGUAAAGCUUAGAUCUAAAGUCCGUUGUCAACAGCUUAUCAGAAUGGGAGCAAUGAAAGAACGUGGGGAGAUAGACGAGAAUUUCGAAGUAUCAGAGUCAGUUUUCAACCCGUAUUCAACCUUUGCAGAAAGAAACGAUCCUUCAACGUCCGAAACACCCACAACUGGCGCCUCCUCAACAACAGAAUCCUCAGUAACAUGUGAUGAUCUAAACACUUCUGCGACAAUUUUAGAGCCUUCUGUUGAAGCAACAGGCGAAAUGCCUAAUGUCAAUGUGAUCGGAACAUCAACCGUCACCGGAACGUCUACUGAUUCAUCUUCAUCGACAACAGACCCUGUUUCAUCAAUCAGCCUUUGCAAACAAUCAAUGAAAUCGAUACGUUUGGACUACUUUCUUUGGUUAGUGAACCGCUUAAAUGGAAAGGCAGUGGAGUUGGGCUAUGUUGUCCCGGGAUUUACAGCCUUGAGAAGUUCCAUCGUGAAUUUGAAUUUCCAUGCUACUACAAAGAUUUUAACUCCAAUCCUUCCAUAUCCAGCUACCACAUACGAUGCAAUACUAACCACAAUGAUCAACUUUCAAGAUGCCUUGAAACAGAAAGGUGAUUCUUACGGUGGAUUAUGGGCUGAUGAGAGUGUUUAUCGUAUUGCGAAGGAAAUACAGCUUCUAAAACCAGAACUGUUCAAUAACAUAUUUCUUGGUCUUGGUGGAUUUCAUAUGGAAAAGAUUGUUUUCGCGUGUCUUGGAGCGUAUUUGGAACCAUCAGGGAUUUUUUCUGUUCUAGUCGAGACCGAGUGUUAUGGCCCGGAUACCAUUAACAGCGUAAUCUCCGGUUCCCAUUAUUCUAGAGCUCGCACUGCCCACUCAAUGAUACAUGAAGUGCUCAUGUCCAUGAUGUUCGAAGAGUUUAUGGCGGAAAACCCCGAGAAAGAAAUGGAAGUCGAGGGAUUCGUGAUUGAUUGUCAAUCCAUUAACUUUAGUGGUGAAGUAUGGAAUGCCACGAAAGAACGAGUUGAAGCCACGGAAGAAGACUUCGAGCUAUACCUACAAGAUAUGCCUUCGAAAUCCAAGUCUUUUGCUUUUUGGAACACGUGUGUCUCCGACCUUUACCCAAUAGCAAGAGAUCUUACGAAUUCCAUGCGUUCUGGAGACUGGACACUGUACCUUAGUGCCGUCGAGAGAGCAACUUCACUGUUUUGCUUCUUUGGCAGAACAAACUACUGUAGAUGGACACCAAUGUUUCUACAAGACUGUUAUCAACUGAAAGAUAAGUUUCCUCUCCUCUACAAAUCAUACAUGGACGGUGGAUUCGUUAUGAACGGUAACAGAAAAGGGAGUGGAGUUCCAUUUGACCAAGCUCUUGAACAGUGUUACAACCGACCGGCAAAAGUUAGUGGCGGCAUAAUUGGGGUGACCAGAAAGAAAGACGCGGUGGCUUUGUGGGACAUUAUCAAACACAAGAAAGACCAGUAUGUUCAUCUUCUAAAGAUGCAAGAGGAUGUCGAAGGAGAGUUGUCACUUCAUCACGACUUUAACCAGAGUACCGCAACAAAGAUUUCUACAAUAGUUCAGGAAAUAGAUUAAUAUCUUCGAAAAGUAUGUGGUUCAAUACUAGAUCAAGAUACACUUAAGAACGUCGUAACAGGGGAAAUCAUUACGGAAGUCAAUGUGGAUAUGCUAUUAUGUUGCAUUAAAGAAGGAACAGAUGCUUAUGCUAAUUUUGUCAAAGAUCGAUUAAGAAGCAAGACAACAUCUAUCCAUUCAACAAUUAGCAGAAUUAAGUUGAAGACCUCAAAGAAAACAUCGCGUUUGACUUCCAAACUGGACAUCAAGGAAGAAACGAUCAAGGCUCUGAUGUAUGUAGAAUAUGCACGCCACCGUGGUUUCACCGUUGAAAAGCUACUCGUGCAUGAGAUUACCAGUUCAGCUUUCUUUUUGGUUGACAAAGAUGGUUUUUUGAGGAAGAGCACCAAAUCUCAACUUGGAUCUGAGUUAUUGAAGUUGUGUCCACAAAUCAAUCCCAAAGACCAAGAAAAAACUCCAUCAACGAACGCGUAUAUAAUCGAUUUUAUGGCUUUGGUUAGAAAAGUCCCCUUGAAGAAACUUGAACCACCUGUGAAGACAUUCCACGAUCUUGCCGUUGCCUUGACUGCUAUGAUCACCAAUACCGCAUGCAACUGUGAAGAGAUCCACAUUGUUUUCGAUACUUAUAAAGAAGACAGCAUCAAGAAUGUCGAACGAAAGAGAAGAGGGAAAACUAAACAAAUGGUUGUGCUUGAUGUUAUAUCACCGAAUCAGAAAGUUCCAGUGGUAUUAGAGAACUUUUGGGCUUCUUCCGUCAGCAAAACGGCUUUCCAGGCUUUCUACGUUGAGUGGCUUACUACCAAUUAUCAAGGGAAUAAAGUACUUUAUCUUGGUAUAUCUCCAAAGGCGUGGCGUGUUUCAAGUGGACGUGCUUCGCCGUUUCCUCGUCUAGAUUGA